UUUACAGAUGAGAAAACUGAGGCUCAGAGAGGUUAAGUGACUUGCUCCAAGUCACACAGCUAUUAUGCAACAGAGCCAAGAUGGGAAGCCAGGUCUGCCUGAUGCCAAAGCCUGUGCCCCGGCCCAGGUGCCACGCUGCCUCCCGCUCGCCCGUUGUCUUACAGAGAGACCCCGCAGCACCUCACCUGCCUGGCGCUCUGAGUUCUAGGGUUCUGUUUGAUCGACAACUCUGCUUCGUUGGGGACCCUAAGAUGGGGCAGGCGGCCCCCCAUCCCAGAACCCCUCCCGGGGCAAAUUUUGACUUCUCCUGGGUGGCGUCCAGGUCCAGGCAGCAUGCAGCUGCAUACUUUGGCCAUGGUGACGGUGGCGGUGGCCUUCCCGGGGGCCUUUCCUGGAGUGGUCGGCAGCUGCCAGCAGGGGCCCGGCUCAGCACAGGGGGUGCAGCCUCCCGAGGGAGGUUCGUGCCCCAGGUGGGCCCUCCUCUGUCACAGGGCCAGCCGGGGCCUCGGCCGUCUGCGCCGCCACGUGCCCUGUGCCACUGGCCUGUCUCUGUUCCAGUUCUAUGGCUACCUGUCCCAGCAGCAGAACAUGAUGCAGGACUAUGUGCGGACGGGCACCUACCAGCGCGCCAUCCUGCAGAACCACACAGACUUCAAGGACAAGAUCGUUCUUGACGUCGGCUGCGGCUCUGGGAUCCUCUCAUUUUUUGCCGCCCAAGCUGGAGCGAGGAAGAUCUACGCGGUGGAGGCCAGCACCAUGGCCCAGCACGCAGAGGUCUUGGUGAAGAGUAACAACCUCACUGAGCGCAUCGUGGUCAUCCCCGGGAAGGUAGAGGAAGUCUCGCUCCCUGAGCAGGUGGACAUCAUCAUCUCGGAGCCCAUGGGCUACAUGCUCUUCAAUGAGCGCAUGCUCGAGAGCUACCUCCAUGCCAAGAAGUACCUGAGGCCCGGGGGAAACAUGUUCCCCACCAUUGGUGACGUCCAUCUUGCACCCUUCACGGAUGAACAGCUCUACAUGGAGCAGUUCACCAAGGCCAACUUCUGGUACCAGCCAUCCUUCCAUGGAGUGGACCUGUCAGCCCUCCGAGGUGCUGCGGUGGACGAGUAUUUCCGGCAGCCUGUGGUGGACACAUUUGACAUCCGGAUCCUGAUGGCCAAGUCUGUCAAGUACACAGUGAACUUCUUAGAAGCCAAAGAAGGAGAUUUGCACAGGAUAGAAAUCCCAUUCAAAUUCCACAUGCUGCAUUCCGGGCUAGUUCACGGUCUGGCUUUCUGGUUUGAUGUCGCCUUCAUCGGCUCCAUAAUGACAGUGUGGCUAUCCACAGCCCCGACGGAGCCCCUGACCCACUGGUACCAGGUCCGCUGCCUGUUCCAGUCACCACUGUUCGCCAAGGCCGGGGACACGCUCUCAGGGACAUGUCUGCUUAUUGCCAACAAAAGACAGAGCUAUGACAUCAGUAUUGUGGCCCAGGUAGACCAGACGGGCUCCAAAUCCAGUAACCUCCUGGAUCUGAAAAACCCCUUCUUCAGAUACACAGGCACGACGCCGUCACCCCCGCCCGGCUCCCACUACACGUCCCCCUCGGAGAACAUGUGGAACACAGGCAGCACCUACAACCUCAGCAGUGGGAUGGCUGUGGCCGGGAUGCCGACCGCCUACGACCUGAGCAGUGUUAUUGCCGGUGGCUCCAGCGUGGGCCACAACAACCUGAUUCCUUUAGCCAACACGGGGAUUGUCAAUCACACCCACUCCCGGAUGGGCUCCAUAAUGAGCACGGGGAUUGUCCAAGGGUCGUCGGGCGCCCAGGGCAGCGGUGGCGGCAGCUCCAGCGCCCACUACGCAGUCAACAGCCAGUUCACCAUGGGCGGCCCCGCCAUCUCCAUGGCCUCCCCCAUGUCCAUCCCGACCAACACCAUGCACUAUGGGAGCUAGGCCCCUCUGGCACGCAACAGACUGACAGCACCAGGAAACCAAAUGAAGACCCUGCCCACCCCCCCCCCCCCCC